ACGCAAGGCAUACUACUUGUACAUUAUAUUAUUUGCGCCAUGAGCGUGAAGCAAGAAGUCAAAGCAUUGGUAAAGUAUAAUCAGAAUUGGCAUUUUUACGUACAUAAGCUCUUUUCUAGAUACAUCGAUUAUGUGACGUCACGAAGUGGUGAUGACGCAACAGAAGAACCCACUUCAAUAUGGUAUGUGACGUCGCAGAGGAAUAACCGGAUCUUCACGAGCGAAAGCAAGAACGAAGAAAAGUCGGCAAAAAAAGCUGCAGAAGGAAAGCGCAAGACGAAGAACAAAGACGAAGACUCCAUAAGGAUAAAUGGUUUGGGGUUUGAAGUAUAUCAUUUGUGUGUUAGUAUGUGUGAGCGUGUUAACUGGUGCACUCUUACAGUGUUGCCUUCUAUUGAGGUCCCUUAUCUGCUGGACCUAAUGUUGCCAGUUUUUUUUGUCAGUCACUACUAUAGUGCAUUUUGCAUGUCACUGAAAUAUAUGCAAUGAAACUAUGGCGAACAUCUUGCUGGAUCAGAUUUUGUUGUUGUACACUCUAUUGUGUACUUCGUCUACAAAGAUCGAAUCCCUUAAUGAUUCUGUACUGUUCUGAUCGCUUGGUGAGAACGCUGUGUUGGUACACAAAUACUCGAGUAAUAUUAACACGCAUUAUAAUAAAUGCGCAUAAAAUAAAUAAAAACCCGUUUAAUACUUUUACAACAAGACUAU